GGAACAACAUGUAAACAUCCUUUUAUAUAAAAACCACCUCAAUAAAAAUGUACUCCCAUUCAAAUCACCAUGUCCUUUACUCGCCGUUCUCAGUCUCCUCCUCCUCCAAUGCCUUCCCCUGAGCUAGUACCAACCCCUUUACCAUCACCACCACCCAUUCACCGAAUCUCUCGUUUGACCGUUCCUCCAAAUAGCUCUCCCCCAAUCCCCCCUCGCCUCAUAGGCUCACCACUUCUUCAGAAUACUCUGAACGCGUCCAGGUCAUAUGACAGAUUAGACAGAAAGGCAAAAGAGGGUCUCUUUGGCCAAGAUGACGAAUUCGGCGCUCGUAAACGUGCUUUAGGAAGGAGAAGCAACUCAUCAAUAUCAUCACUCCCUAUUUCUUCCAAUUCUUCUUCUCCAACUCGCGCUACCAGGCGUAGCUUCGGUCAUUCAUCAAACCGUUAUCGCUCCCCGCCACCUAGCCCUUCAAUCGCGUCUCCACCACCACCAGUUCCUCCUAUCCCUGAAUUCAUGCUCACUUCAACCGAUAAGAGGUCUGUCGUACGGUCACUCCCUAAUAAACGAGCCACCGCUCCCGUACACCACCCUGUCUUCGACCUCACGCCCACCCUCUCGAGGACACGAUGCGAAUCAUCUCCUCAGACUCCCGGUGCAGUCACCUGCAUGCAAUUCUUUAACAUGCACAACACUCCUCUCAGAGACUGCCGAGUCUGAGCUUUGCACGACCAUACCUUCCAUCUUGAUGAACCUUAAACAAGGCUGCGUCUUGUGCCAUCCAUUGUACACACGACUUUUAACAUCAUUGGGACGACAUCGCUUGCCAACGACCUUCCUUGCACAUAUCCGUAUAUUCUUUCUUUAAUAUUUAUCAUUCCUUUAUGCUCAUCAGCCGCGCCUUAAUGCGCUCGAUGCACUCCCAUCUGUCCUCUUCGUUCCUUCUAGUAUACAGCCCCACGCUCACUGAUGUAAUACCACCCAACGUACUUACUUUACAUGCAUCGGUACCACUACUCAGUACUGUAAUAUAUCCCUCAUCGUGUUACAACACUCGUAAUACCAAAUGUCAAACUGCGUUUGCACCCAAAGUUCAAUUUAAAUUUUUAUGCGAACCCCCCU